GUGGCGUCCUCCGGGCGGCGCCUCCCAUCGGUCUCCGCCGCGUACGCGGACUGGAUCGCGGCAGCCGGGGGCGACGACCUCUCGCUCGGCUUCAAUGCUGCCGCCGCGUCCGCUGCCGGGCUCUGGGGAGCGCCCGCGUCGCGCCAGUCCGCCGCCGCGCUCAACUACGGGAUAGCGGCUGCCGGUGAUGUCGGCAUGGUCCUCGUCGCCCCCACUGCCUUCCACCAUCACCACCACCAGCAGCACCAGCAGCACCAAAGGGCUGCGGCUGCUGCGGCGGAUGCCGGCGGCGGCGGUGACCACCCCGGGUUCGCGCUGCUAUCCGCGGGGCAGUGCGCCGCGCUCGACGACCAGGCCAAGGCCGGCAGCGCCAUCCAGUUCUGGCAGGCGCACUCGCAGCCCACCACGCCGCCGCCGGCGGGGGCCGGAGCCAGCAAGAAGCCCGCGCCCGCGAUCGACUACGGCGGGGGCGGUUCUUCCGGCUCCGGCGGCUCCACCACGUGCACCGACUGCGGCAACCAGGCGAAGAAGGACUGCCCGCACCAGCGGUGCCGCACCUGCUGCAAGAGCCGCGGCUACGACUGCACCACCCACGUCCGGAGCACCUGGAUCCCCGCCGCUCGCCGCCGCGAGAAGCAGCAGCAUCCCGGCGGCGAUGGCAACGUGUCCCCUCCCGCCGCACCUGCCGCGGCAGCCUCCAAGAAGCCCCGCCUCCUCUCCUCCCAGACCACCACGGCCACCCCGUCCACCUCCAACGGCACCUCCUCCAGCCAACAAGACGCGCCGUUCAGGGACAGCCUGCCGCGGCAGCUGCGCGCGCCGGCGGUGUUCCGGUGCGUGCGGGUCACGUCCGUGGAGGACGGCGAGGACGAGUUCGCGUACCAGGCAGCGGUGUGCAUCAACGGCCACAUCUUCAAGGGCUUCCUCUACGACCAGGGCGCCGACGAAGGCCGCGCCGGCAACGACGACCACGCCAGCGGCCACGCGCACGCGGCCGCCGUGCGCAGCAUCUCCGACCUACACCUCGGCAGCGCCUCCGCGGUGCCGCCCGACAUGUACAACACCGUCAGCGGCCCGCUAAUUCUCGGCGGGCUGGGCUAUGGUAACACCAUCAACUGA